AUGGUCAACAUCAUCAACUCCCUCCUCCUUGGCGCCGGCCUGUUCCAGCUCGCCUACGCCGCCGAAGGCACCGUCACAUUCUUCCGCGGUCGCGACUGCUCCGGUGAUGAGAUGUGGACGGGCCACACGGGCUCCGGGACGGACAACCGGGUCAACGGCGGGGACUUGCACGAAGCGCUCUCCUUCUCCUACUCGGGAUUCUUCCGACUGAACAUCUGGGACGGGGACGCGUUCGGGACAUCGAAGCAGUGCGCCUACUGCAGCAACGGCCACGCCGACCAUUCCGGCGGUGGUUGCGUGAACAUCGAGACGGGGUACGGGCCGAACGAGGUUUUCAUGAACAAGCAGGACAACAGCCCGUCGGAUUUGCCGUGCCGGAACUUCUUGCAGCGCUGCCCGUUCCCGGUCCCGCCGGGUAACGGCCUGGAGAAGCAGUCUUAG